AUGAGAUCCGUUUAAGUCUGAGUUUGAGCUCGAACAGCUCACGAGCCAAAACAAAGUGGGUGACUUAACAGAGCCCGCGCCCGUAGUCCAAAUACUAACCAUUGUACCCAGCCUAGGCUUUAAAAAAUUAAAAGGUUCAGCGGCUGGUACGGUGGUAUCAACACUCGGUGGUCUUCCCCUCCUCUGCCGGCAACCCCAACGUCCCCUGGCAGCGCCGCCCUUCCAGCCCUCCCGCCCGGCCGCUGCCUCCUUCGCCGGCGGCCCCUCCAACCCCUUCCUCCCUUCUUGUCCUUCGACAUCGGCUUCGCCCCCUCCAGUUCAUCCUUUUCCGCCCUCGUCUUCGCCUCCGCUGCCGGCGGCCCCCUCUCCGCCGGCGCUGCCUCCUUCGACGACGAGCCCCCUCUCCUCCAUCAUCCAUGCCUCGCCGAAACUCCCCCAACUUCCCUUUCCUUUCCCAUGCCUUCUCCCACAGUCGCAACACGGAAUUCGCAUCCAAGCACACUGCCUCGCCUCCACUCCUCAACCUUCCGUCCUCCGAUCCCCGCUCUCCUACCACGUUUUCCGCCUGGAACUCCCGCAUCCACUCCCUCUUUAAGUCCGGGGAUCAACCCUCCUUCUUCUCAGCAUACCGAACAAUGACCCGAAUGGGAAUUCCACCAAGUCACCGCACUCUCCUAGCUCUAAUAGACCAAUUCUCGCAUACCAAGAGCACCAAGUCCGCGUUCUCUACCGUUGGUUUGGUGCUAAAGAGCGGCCACCCUAUGAAUACCCUUCUCUUGAAUCUCCUGAUGAAGGGGUUCUGCAAAAGCCUCGGAGUCUCGAAAGCCGUGGAGUUGUUUCGAGAGAUUGGGAAGAAGUGGAUUCCUCCUGAUGUCGUUACCUACAAUACUCUCAUCAAUGGUCUCUGCAAGGAAAAGAAGAUAGAAGCAGCAAGGGAGUUGUGGUCAGAGAUGGCCCGAGAAGACGGCGGUUCCGAUGGUUGCUCUCCUAACGUGGUAACUUACACGACUUUAAUGGAUGGCCUCUGCAAGAAUGGUAGGGUGGAGGAGGCCAUGGCCUUGUUGGAUGACAUGAGGAGGAGAGGCCUGGAAGCUGAUGUCUUUGUCUACAGUGCCCUUAUAAGCGGAUUGUCUGGUACGGGUUCUGUAGUAAAGGGUAUGGAGCUCUUCCAUGAGAUGAACCAGAGGGGAAUUUCCCCAAAUGUGGUCACUUACAGUAGUUUAAUCCACGGGCUUUGCAAGUUGGGCUAUUGGGACAGAGUGACUGAGAUGAUGGAUCGCAUGGCGAAGCAAGGGAUCCGUCCCGACGUGUAUACCUACACUGGUUUGAUUGAUGGGCUCUGUAAAGACGGCAAGAGCAAGGAAGCGAUGAGGUUGUUGGGUUUUAUGGUGGAGAAGGGCGAAGAGCCGAGCACUGUGACAUAUAAUGUUUUGAUCAAUCAGUUAUGCGAGGAAGGGCUGAUUCCGGAUGCACUUGAGUUCAUGGAGAGGAUGAUCGAGAAUGGAAAAGAGCCGGAUGUGGUGACUUACAAUACACUGAUGCUGGGGCUUUGUGAUGUGCAGAAGAUUGAUGAUGCUAAGGAGUUGCUCGACGAAAUGCUUGAUGGCAGGUGUAGCGUUAAGCCGGAUGUAAUGACUUUUAACACGCUCAUACGCGGGCUCUGCAAGAAAGGACGCGUUGAUCAGGCCUUGGAUUUCCAGAGAGUGAUGGUAGAUAGAGGGUAUCCAUGCAAUUUGGUGACAUACAAUCUGCUUAUUGAGGGGCUUUUCAAGGCCCACAAGGCCGAUAAGGCAAUGCAGCUUAAGAAGGAGAUGAAUUGCAUCGGUUUGAAGCCGAACUCCUUUACAUAUAGUGUCAUGAUAAAUGGGCUUUGUAAAAUGAGACAAAUUGAUGCUGCGGAAAGGCUUUUGAGUGAGAUGAGGACCCAAGAAAUCAGGCCUAGUUUAUUUGAUUACAAUACAUUGAUGGCAGUGAUGUGCAAGAAACAGUGGAUGGACAAGGCGAUGGCUAUAUUUUGUGAAAUGGGAAGUGAGUGCAAGCCUGAUGUGGUAUCUUUUACAACACUGAUUGAUGGAGCUUGCAAAUCUGGUGACAUUGGCACUGCAAAGGAAUUGCUUGUAGAUAUGCUUCAAAGGGGGUUGGUUCCAGAUUCUAUAACUUAUUCCACAUUGAUAAAUAGAUUUGCAAAAUCAGGACUCUUGGAGGAAGCUAAAAAAGUGCUUCAGCAGAUGAUUGCUAGUGGCUUUUCUCCAGAUGUUGUUGUAUAUGAUUCACUGAUUCGUGGGUUUCAAGCUAAAGGUGAAAUGGAUCAAGUCAUUGAUGUGCUUCGUGAAAUGGCAGAUAAUGAUGUGGCUCUUGAUGCAAAAAUUAUCUCUACUAUUUUGGAUUCUCUGUGCUUUGAUGGAAAUGAUAAAAUCCUCUUAGAAUAUUUGCCUACCUUUUCAAAAGAGAUAUCAAAGCGAACAGGUUUUUCAUGCCAUGAGCUGAUGACAAAGCUCCAAAAGUCUUGUUAACUGCUUGUCUCGAAUUAAAACUCCUCCAUGAGAGUCGAUGGGGCUAUCCUGCUGGUUCUUGUUAACUGUUUUCGUUGGGAUGUGGCAACGGUGAAGGUCCUUGAAGAUCAAAGCACUUGGACCCAUACUACCCUCAUACGACUACUCUGGUUAUGGAGCCUCAACUGGUAAGCCAAGCGAAUACAACACUUAUGCAGCCAUUGAGGCUGUAUACCAAUGCCUGGAAAGUGAAUAUGGAGUCGGUCAGGAAGACUUGAUCUUAUAUGGGCAGUCUAUUGGUAGUGGUCCCACAAUGCACUUGGCAGCUCGCUUGCCAAGAUUGCGCGGUGUAGUGCUUCACAGUGCUAUAUUGUCAGGCCUACGUGUGGUCUGCCAUGUGAAUUUCAAUUUCUGCUUUGACAUUUAUAAAAACAUUAACAAAAUUAAAAAGGUGAAGUGCCCGGUUCUUGUGAUUCAUGGAACCAAGGAUGAUGUAGUGAAUUGGCUUCAUGGCAAUGGGCUAUGGAAACUAGCUAGGGAUCCGUACGAGCCCUUGUGGAUCAAAGGAGGUGGUCACUGCAACCAGGAACUGUACCUGGACUACAUUCGCCAUCUAUGCUAGUUUAUCAAGGAAAUGGAGAGCAUCACCACUGCAACCCGGCUCAGAAAGACCUGAUAGAGCCUCCGAUCCCUAGAAAAUCUUCUAAUGUGUGCUCCUCCACCACCACUACUUUCACUACUAACUGCUGCUGCCCAAUUAGAAUCCGGAAGCCUACUUGCUUAGGCUGUUCGCAAACAGGAUGUCUAAAUUUACGAUGUUGCAAGGGGUCAGUGUACUUCUGCAACCUGUGCUGCGGUGGAGAUGGGCAGUGAUAUUGGUGUCUGUAUAGAAACUUGCUUACAUGUCUAACCCCUUCCAGUGUAAUGCAACAAGUGAUCAAGCUUAUGUUGUCCAAGAGGAUAGAACACAUCUAGUUGUUUAUUUUUACUUGUGACUCUUGAGUUGCAGUUCUCCAUGCCUUUGUUAAAAUAUUAUUUGAUUUGUUCUGAGUAAUGCUUGGGAUUUGUUUCCA